AUGGAGAAAACAAUGGAGAAACAAGACCUCAGUAUGGGCUCGUGCGACAAAGUCGAAACUCAAGGGCUAGGCACAUAUCAGGAUGAGCAGCUAUACCAAUUGGGGUACAAGCCUCAGCUGCGCCGUACACGUAAGCUGUCGAGUAUGUUGUUCAUGUCCCUGUCAAUUGCCUCUAUCCCUUACGGAGUCGGGAGCGCUCUCAUCAACGCUGUAUAUGGCGGCGGUCAACUCUCUCUCUUCAUUGGACUCUUAGUGGUGUUAGCCCUGGAUACUUGCGUUGCCCUGUCUCUAUCAGAACUCGCCUCACGAUACCCUACCUCAUCUGGUAUCUAUCACUGGUCAUUCCGACUGCUGAAGACCAACGGAAGCAGGAAGCUAGUCUCAUUUGUUACGGGUUGGAUCUGGCUCAUCGGAAAUUGGACCAUCUCAUUAUCUGUGAAUUUCGGAAUCGCUUCCCUCGUCGUUGCAACUGUCUCCAUCUUCUAUCCCGCCUGGACAGCCUCUGCCUGGCAACUCCUUCUCAUCUUCUACGCUAUCUGCCUUGUAGUUUUCAUGAUAUGCUUUUUCGCCGACCACCUCCUUCCUCUCAUCGACACACUCUCCGCAGCAUUCUCAGUCGUCACAUGCAUCACGCUCGCCAUAACGCUCCUUGUCCUAGCAAAGACCGGUCGUCAUGAUGCCUACACAGGCUUCGUUGGAUACGAUCCCAGCUAUUCUGGCUGGGAAGAGAACUUCACCUUCUUCAUCGGCUUGCUCCCACCAGCAUACGCCUUUUCCGCAAUAGGAAUGGUCACCUCCAUGGCAGAGGAAUGCACAGAUCCUGAAGUACAAAUUCCUACAGCUAUCAGUCUGGUACCCGUUGUUGCCGGUAUUGCAGCGCUAGUGUUCACUGUCCCAAUUUGUUUCACACUUCCACCGCUGGCGGACAUCAUUGGCGCGCCCUACGGUCAAGCCUUGCCGUAUAUCAUUCACGUGGUGACAGGUUCACCUGCAGCCUCAAUUGUGCUCAUGAUCCUUGUUCUAUUUGUCGCCCUUUUCUGCUCGAUCAGCAUCACAACCACGGCUGGGAGAUGUACCUGGGCCUUCUCGCGCGACAAUGCAAUCCCCUUCUCACAUCUGUGGUCUACCACUGUCAGAGACAGCCCACUGGCAGCGCUAUGCUUGGUUACAGCUGUUGAGAUGCUACUGGGCCUUACCUAUCUUGGAAGCAGCAGUGCAUUCACGGCUUUUGCAUCUGUAGGUGUCAUUGCAUUGGCCGUGGCGUAUGCGAUCCCGAUUGCGAUCAGUUUGUUUGUUGAUCGCCGUGUGGAGAUUAGCCAGUCGCGCUGGACGCUGAAUCCUCUCAUUGGGAAGACGGCCAACAUUCUCGCGCUCUUGUGGAUCACUUUUCAAGUUGUUCUGUUCAGCAUGCCUAUCACACUUCCUGUCACCAGCGAAACAAUGACUUAUGCAUCGGUUGUAUUUGUGGGCUGUGUUGCUUUAAGUCUCGCCUGGUAUAUGUUCUAUGGACGGCGAUAUUUCAAAGGGCCUCUAGAAGAAGCUGAGCACUCUUAA